AUGAGAGACAGCAACGAAAAAGCUGGGUCAUACGUACGAUACACUGGAGAUGAUUCUAUUCCAAGUAGCAAUACACAGUCUACCGUGAAUCAGCAACAGCAGUACCAAAACCGACAACGACAACAGAUGAACAUCCUUACGGCGGGUCAACCAACACCAGAUUAUAACUCACAACAAGUCAUGAACGCUAAUCAAGGAAGGAUAUAUGACAGAUCACAGAUGACACAAUAUAUACCAAAUGCAAAUAUACCUUAUGGUGUUAUAGAUAACCAAACACAGCAGCAGCAGCAGCAACAGCAGCAUGACUACACGAUGAUACGACACCAAAUACCACAGCAACAGCAACAGAGACCAUUUUUGCCCAGUCUAAUAAGUGACCAACAUAAAGGUAUCAUAAACACAAAUCCUAUGGCACCAUCAAAUAUACACUACCAAAGGGUACCUAUCCAACUACCUUAUAUUUUGGAACAAAGACAGCAUGUGCCUAACAGGCUUCCAAGUACCAUGCAACAGCAGUAUAUCAAUGCAUCACAGAUACAGGAACAACAUUUAAUAGAUGAUUCUAAUGCCAGAGCAUUAGCUGCUUCUGAAGGUUCAUUAGCACUACAGCAUCCAAACUUCCUAGGUCAGGUAAAUCUUGGUAGCAGCAGUAGUAGUGGAAGUACGAGUGGGUACUUGAGAGGUAUAUCUGAUUCUGCUUCAAUAACGAGUGUAUCGACUCCAGUUUCCUCUGUGAGUGCUGUUACGCCUCUUUCAAGUACCUCAACUCAUUCAGGUAAGCGGAGCAUGCGGAUUACAAAACCACAUUCUGGGAAAUCUCAAGACGGCAAACCAACAAAAGGUAAAAGAGGUAGAAAACCGAACUCAAAAAAUGCAAAGUCUUUACUCUCAAAUACCGAUAGUGGUCAUCAUUCCGAACAUAACACAACUCCAGAAAUUGUAGCUAAGAAGAUCGCAGAGGAAAAUAUAGAUAAAACAGUAGGGGAGUUUGCAGUUCAGGUAAGAGAGGCUGAACUCCAAGUGUUAAACUUGGAUAAUCAAAAUGGAUCUAAGCUAGAAAAGCAAAGUGCGGAACAGGCUCGUGAACGAUCUAAACAGGCUUUUGCAUCUCUAUGGUUAAUGAAAAAUUGUAUCUUGCAGCCUGGUGCAUACGUUCGUCGGGGGAGAAUAUUCGCUCAAUACGUCUCAUCUUGCGCACAAAACGGCCUAAAACCUUUAUCACAGGCCACUCUCGGCAAGCUGAUAAGAUCUUUGUAUCCAAAAUUAACCACAAGAAGAUUGGGGAUGAGAGGCCAAUCCAAAUACCAUUAUUGUGGGUUAAAAUUAACCACAGACGAUUCAUUAUCGAUGUUGUUGGAACAGCAACAAAAGACGAGUUCUUCUAGACCACCACAACUCAAACGUAACGUGGUUCACAGGCAUUACUCUGAUUCUUCUCUUCCAGGUGGCAAUAGAAAUAGUCCCUCCCCAACAUCAAUUAUCCCCAAUGAUAGAGAUAUUAAGACGAAAUUAAAAGAUGAUUGGUCUCAAAACGGCGUAGAUCAAAUCAAUUCAAGAAGGCACUUAGCAACUAAAAGUGUAACCCGUUACUCUGCUCCAACAAUAAUAGGACCCUCGAGAGAUUCCCCUCGUUUAUCUGACUCCCCCAUGUCAUUAACAGGCUCAGCAACAACUGUCAGCUCGACAGCGCAAAGUGACUUCCAUUUACCCAUUGGCGGCUCAGCCACAUACUUCGAAAAUGGGAAUAUCUUUUACAACCCGUUAACAAAGAACCUCUCUUCUUUUAUAUCAACUCCAGGGUCAAGGUUUGUUGUCUCCGAUGCUCACUCCCACCAUGACGGCGACGUUGCUAGUGCGCAACAGACUGAAAAAUUUGAUUUGCAACAACGAGAAUCCAGAAGGCCCGGCCUGUUCUGGUCAAAAUCUGUUGAACGAUGGUUGUUUAUCAGCGACCUGUUAAAGGACUGGUUGCCAGGUGGUGAGGAAGAGUCUAGUGUUUCCGGUGAGAACAAAAACUCAUCUUCAGCUACAGGUAAUAUCACUGAGACUGAAGACACACGUAUAGAAGACAAGGAUGGAGAACCAGUGUCUGGGGUGGAUGUUGAUCAUGAUGAGAAGCCUGACGUGAAAUCAGAUUCUGACAGCACACUAGAGGCAGGUAUCGUUGUUGUAUCUGGGAGGAGGUUGCCAGAAAUACCCCUUGGGAUUAUACCCGCGGGUACCGACACAGAUAUCACAGCUGCUCUACAGUCGUUGUAUCACAUUCAUUGCAAUACAUUGUUUGAGAAUGUGCGCUUCUUGAACUUCGAAAGACUUGCAAACAACUUGUUUCUCUCAAGUUCUGGAGCAAUAUCCCCACAGAUGUAUAACCUAUUGAUCUCCGAAGAGUUGUAUGACUGGAUAAUUGAGUGUGACACACUGACAUAUGUGGCCAUACUAAAUUACAUCUCCCGUAUGCUCCUCCAAUUCAAGUCGAUUGAUCAAACAACCCAGGAUAAAUGGGAAAUCCUCGCCAAUACUUUCUAUGACAUUAUCUCAAAGUCAACCAUAGAUUUGCCAUCGACUCUUGUCAACAAGAAGCUGGAAACCGUGACAACGUUUCUUCGGUUGUUGAAACAGCAAUUGAAACUUUUACAAACGUUGCGUUCAUUAGAUGACAAGUAUUUCGGAGCUAAUUGUAACACUGAAGAACUGGAGAGGUCUUGGGAAGAAAAAAUACUCCCAAAUGCAUUAGAAUCGCUAGAGCUGAUCUCAGGUAAUGAAAACUAUAACAUCGGAUCGAAUUUAGUCAAAUUUUUCAGAGAGAAUAUCCUCACGUUGUUACCAAACGCGGACAACUCAGAUCAGCAUGGAAUGCAGACAUUCUUCAACGAUUUGUGUGCCUUCUAUCAGUCUAUGGAUGGGGUCACAACAUUUCAGCUAGCUGAUUGCACAUCCCAGUUGUUUGGUAAGACUGUUGGAAAUUUAGUUAUUGAUGAAGAGAGUUAUACACCUGCAUGGUUAUUGUUGGGUUCAUUUUCCACACAAUUGACUGGUUAUUUAUCGGAUCUAUCUAAAUUUGUAUAG